CAGGAACAGAGGCGCUUCAGUGCUGUGAUGGGUUACUGUGCGAUCCAGAGCAGCGUUUUGGUGAUGAAUGAAACAUGUUGAAUAAACGUUUCCCCUUUAGGAUCUGACUGUGCGCAUGCGCAUUGAAACGGCGCAGUAAUCAGGGUGUAGCUUUAACAUCGCUUGGCGGAAUCUCAGGAUACGGACAGGAGGCUCCCGGUGCCGGUGCCGGUGUCGCCAUGGCCCGGGUCGCGCUGCUGCUGUCCGCCGCCUCGGCGCUGCUGGUGCUCGGGCCCGGGUCGGGGUAUUUCCCGGAGGAGCGCUGGAGCCCCGAGUCUCCCCUGCUGGCUCCGCGCGUGCUGCUCGCGCUGGUGUGCCGGAACUCCGAGCACUCGCUCCCGCAUGUCCUCGGCACCAUCGAGCGCCUCCGCUACCCCAAGGACCGCAUGGCUGUGUGGGUGGCGACGGACCACAAUGCGGACAACACGGUGGCCGUCCUGCGCGAGUGGCUCGUUAAAGUGCAGCGUCUGUAUCACUAUGUGGAGUGGAGACCGCUGGAGGAGCCCAGCGGUUAUGAAGAUGAGGACGGCCCGAAGCACUGGACCGACCUACGUUAUGAGCACGUGAUGAAGUUACGACAAGCAGCACUGGACACGGCGAGGCAGAUGUGGGCCGACUAUUUCCUGUUAGUGGACUGUGAUAAUCUUCUCACGAACCCUGACAUCCUGUGGAAGCUGAUGAAGGAAAAUAAAACCAUUGUGGCACCAAUGUUGGAGUCCAGAGCUGCGUACUCCAACUUCUGGUGUGGAAUGACCUCUCAGGGCUACUACAGACGCACCCCAGACUACAUGCCCAUAAGGCAUCGGGAGAGGCGUGGCUGCUUCCCCGUCCCCAUGGUUCACUCCACCUUCUUGCUGGAUCUGAGGAAACAAGCUUCCAGCGAGCUGGCCUUCUACCCCCCACACCCCGACUACACCUGGGCCUUUGAUGAUGUCAUCGUGUUCGCCUUUUCCGCCCGCAUGGCAGAUGUUCAGAUGUACUUGUGUAACCGAGAGACUUACGGCCACUUCCCUGUCCCGCUGCACGGCCGUAAUUCCUUGCGAGACGAGGCUGAGAACUUCCUGCACACUCUGCUCGAGGUCAUGGUGCGUGGUUCUCCGGUGGAACCCUCGGCACAUCUCUCCGUCCCUCCUAAACAUCCUGAUAAACUGGGCUUCGAUGAGGUGUUCAUGAUUAACCUGCUGAGGCGUCCGGAUCGGAGAGAGAGAAUGUUGAGGACGCUGUGGGAGCAGGAGAUCACCUGCAAGAUCGUAAAUGCAGUGGAUGGCAAGGCGCUGAAUGACAGUCAGAUCCGUGCGUUAGGGAUCAGCAUGUUGCCGGGUUACAGUGAUCCGUAUCAUGGCAGGCCGCUGACUAAAGGAGAACUUGGCUGCUUCCUGUCCCACUACAACAUCUGGACUGAGAUAUUAGAGAGAAGACUACAGAAGUCUCUGGUUAUAGAAGACGAUUUGCGCUUUGAGGUCUUCUUUAAAAGGAAACUGCAGAAACUGAUGCAGGAAGUGGAGGCAGAAGGACUCGACUGGGAUUUAAUUUACAUCGGGAGGAAGAGGAUGCAAGUGGAUGAUCCGGAGAAACCAGUUCCCAACAUCCGCAACCUGGUUGAGGCCGACUAUUCCUACUGGACACUGGGCUACAUGAUCUCAUUACAAGGAGCCAAUAAGCUGCUGAGGGCGGAGCCUCUGAGUAAAAUGCUUCCUGUAGACGAGUUUCUGCCCAUCAUGUACGACAAGCACCCAGUGGAGGACUACAUGUCUCACUAUGAGGUGAGAGAUCUCCGGGCGUUCUCCGUUGAGCCUUUACUCAUCUACCCCACGCACUACACGGGUGAUCCGGGCUACAUCAGCGACACGGAGACGUCUACCGUAUGGAACAACGAGACCGUAGGCACCGACUGGGACCGAGAAAAUUCAAAAAAGAACCGCGCCAUGCACUCGCACGCUACCUCUGACCUCUGACACAGAAUAAGGAAACCUUUACAACUUUUCCCCACAACUAGAUGGUGCUAGUGAGCAAAACGCACAAGGAUAGGAGUGUGUAUGUGAGGAACACAUUCCACCUCAACAGCAAAAUCAGUGUAGCAUAAACAAUGGAACUGAAGUGAUUUUGCGCUGAAAAUCAGAUACUGUUUACUAACGGAAUCUCAUCGGGUAACUCACGAGUUUGUUUGCUAAAAGUUUUUUUUUUUUUUAUUCACAGUCCUGCUAAAUGUGAGACAGGACAGUUUUAACAUGUUCAGAUGUUUGAACGAAAAUGAAAAGUCUGAUUUCUGUGGUUUAGAGAGUUCUGCUGUGAAUGUGGAGAUGUAGAGGGUCCAAAAUUUCAGGACCAAAAGAAAAGGAGAUAUUUUUCAGCAAUAGUUUAAAAAAAAGUCUACACAAUGUUGGAUGUCUGAAGUUGGUUCCUGCGUAAUGCCGCUAGCAAGUAAAGCCUCUAGUACACAUUUUCACCUUAAAAUAUAAUGUUUGGCUCAAUCUUCUUGUUAAGUCUGAAGUCAGAAUCCAUUUCCGGGUCCAGACGCUGCUUCAGUGGUGCCAACAGAGACUUUGUUGCUAGAUUUGGCGACUUUUUAGUCCCCUUUAGAAACUUCUAUUCAAAAAGAGCCUAGCAACAAAUCUAGCGACUUUUUCAGCACACUUGAACUCCAUCCGGCUCUCCAGCUCACAUCACAGCCGCUGGUAUACGAGUUUAGAAAGCAGGUUCUCUCCAUUCACCAUCACCGUGUAACACCUGGCUUAUGCUUAUAACCAAUCACUGAUCUCCUCUGUUUGUGUCCCACCUUCCCGCCACUUUGGUUUCCAUUUUAAACUCUCCUUUUGGAGAUAUUGUAUUUUAUAAAUAUGAAAAGUGAGUCAAUGCUUUCCUUCAAGCCUCCUCACUGUCACUGCUUCUUUUUGUCUGCAUUCUUGAUAGAAAGUUUAAUAUCUUGUAAAAUGCGUAAAAGCUUCGUUCAUGGUGCUGUGACCAAAGAAAUGAUAAGAAAUUAAUUUUUUAAAGCUAGACGGCCUUUCGAUUUCAUAAAACCGGUGAAAUUUAGUUGCGUCUGAAAUGUGGCGAUUGUGAUAUCUGUUUAUUUCUGUAAUCUCUCACAAAAUAUCAGGCCAUUCUGUGGCUGGGAAGUUAUUUAAUUUGAGGGGAUUAAAGCAAAUAAUGUGCAUGAAAUCGCUCGCUUGGCGCAGUCAGGCAGACAGAGGAAGUCCGUGUGCGCAUGCACAGGUUUACCUUCUUCUUCUUUUGGGUUUUACGGCAGCUGGCAUCCACAGUGUUGCAUUACUGCCAUCUACAGGUUUCCCUUUGAGCGUACACUGACAGUUCCAUCAUUCUGUCGCUAAACGAACAGCUGAUCACACCGAGGUGCUCGCUGAGUGCCAUAUUUAUUAGUUUGGUCCUGCGUUUCCUUUCCUUCGUAUAGAACAUAACGUCUUUUCUUCUCACUUUCUUUCCGUUACUGUAGUCACUCUUUCACAUUUCAUUCGCACACUCACGUCCUCCAUUUUUCUCUCCUGUUUCAAAUUUCUAUCCCACAAUGCCUUGCGUGAACAGGGAAAGCCCACCACGUGAUGCAUGGUGUAGUAUCUUGAAUUGGGUCAUGGUGAAGCAGGAAAAAAUAGCGGAGAAUUUAGGGCCACGUGGAGAUAAAUUCAUUAAUUGUUCUAUUUAAAAUAAAAACUAAUAAAAUUGGAAGUCUGUGAUUUGAAUUCAGUAGCUUUCGGUCACUAAACAAAAAUAACUGGGUGUCGGGAAAAAUCUUUUUAUGACCUACACUUGAAAAAUCUGAAAGAAAUAAAUGAGAGUAUAUUAUUAUUUACUUUCUAUUCUAAUAAUACUCUUAUUUUAUAUUCUCAGUGAACAUCUUCCUUCUUCAUGUGCCCUCAUUUCCAAUCUGAUGAGCCACUGAUGUACAAGUCGCCCAGCGACUUUUUGCGCUUGCUUUAGCUUCUUCUUUUCUCCCAGGUGGUGUAAUCAAUCUCAUCAACCUUAUAAUCUCAGAGUAAGGGAAGCAGUAGAAUGACAACUGUAUCGUAUUUUGGAUGCCAUUCAAACACCGAGGCCUACAACACCGCAGCAUGUUGAAAACACAAAGCAUGGACCCGGAAAUGCAGUCGUUAUGUCACGAGUUAACAAGCAGAUAAGCGCUUUUGUUUCAUGUUCACUUAAUUAGUUCUCAUGCAAAAGUAAUGAACCGAGCUUCAGACAUUAAACAUGUUCAAGUGUUCAGGCUGAGCCACUGUGUUUGGGAUCGAGAUGUCGUGUAUAUUUAAGGUGACUCAUUAAAGGUCCACUAUGUAGGAUUCAGUUGAUCGCAACCAACCGAAUGCCCCGCCCUCACCCUUCCCUUUCCAAGUGUGUAUCAGACCGUACUGUGGCUGUCAGGUGCUCCAGUACUUACAUUCACUCUCUCUUGCGUUUUCUCAUGCUAAAUAAUAAACACGAUCCUCCAUUUUUUAUAAUUUGGGAUCUCAAACUUGGUCACCAGCUCCAGAAAGCACUGAUUCCUCUUCAUCCUUCUUCCUCAUCUUCCUUUCUGGAUUCAGGUUUGUAAAAACAUGAAAUGUAGAAGCAACUCUCUGGAGCUUUGUCUGUUCUGAGCUACUGUAGUGGUGCAACAGGGCGGCUCCGUGGACAUGGACCUGUGCUCCAUGUGGAUAUAAAGGACUCGUUCUCAUACUUAUCAAUAUUAUAUUCCAUUUCUGCUAACAGAUCUACUAAAUCCUACCUAGUGCACCUGUAAGGUAGUAAAUGUGGCGACCAUACGUGUUAAAAUGGGCUGAUGGGACACUAAAUAAGGAUGUUGUUGAAAUGGGAGCAGGUUUGCAGUGUAUAAUGGGAUAAUUUAUUUAAAAUAUAAAAAGCUGUAAUAUAAUUAUUUCUGUAUGAGAGAUCAGUCAGAAUUGAAAGCAUGUCAUGAAUUCUGAGCUCCGUAUCAUUUAUAUGCUGUAUCGAAUCAUAAACCUCCAAAAAUGUUUUGAGAUUUGAUCCAAAAUAGAUCAGGACUGUUGCUCCUGGGUCGGUCCAUGCAGAUGACCAGAUGGUGGUUGCAGCACCAGAUUCAUUUUCUUUGUGAGAGCUUAUUGUAAUAGAUACUGGUGAAAUAUGAACUGAUAAAUUCCGGGGCCCUAUUCUGUGUAUUUAAUGAACUAGGUCAUUUUGAAAAUUACUGAAAUUAGACCAGAAUUGAAAAAGGGAUUGAAAAAAGAGAACGAUGCAUAAAUAACAACAAGAUGACACUUCACAUGUUUGUAGUGAUUGAAUUAAUGAAACUAUUUACCAAGUUGCAGACCUGGGCUUCCUGGGCUUCGUUUCCAUUCAGGGUCUUAAAGAUAUGAUACUGUUUGUGGGGUAUGUAAGUGAAUCUGCCAUAUUUCUGUAAAUACUCUAUCUAGAGAGCUCCCAUUAUAGAAGUGACCAGGCAAUCUGGUUUAUAAUAAGACCAGGUAGUGAUAGGAGAUGAACACAUUUUUUUCCGAGUAUUUUUAGGGCCCUAAACCCCACUUGCAAGUGCGUUUUUCUUAAUUUUUAGCAUUUUUUGGAAGUACCUAUGGUUACGAUUUUCUAGAUAGAAGGCUCUGUUUUUUCCUACCAGAUUAGCAACAUAUAGAGAGUUAAUUUACCAAAUUUCAAACCUCUGUGUAGCCGAGAAGCUGAGAAAAAUGCAUUUAAAACCCCAAAAAUCCCUGGCGAGGAUUUACAGUAGGGGGUACAUUCAAGUCUAAUUUAUUAAUUUUUCAAAAUUGCAUAAAUAAAAAACCUCUGGAUCUAGAAAGCUGAAAUUUUGAAAACUAAUUUAGAUUUACAUAUAUUUUCAUCAGUAACUUCCACCAUUAAAAUAAAAAUAUUGCUGCAACCAAUUUUCUAUAUAUUGGGUCUUUUUGGCUUGGACUUACCCCCCUUUCAGUUCUGUUACAGUUCAAGUAUGCUGCUGGUCCAGAACUGAAGAUCUGCUGGUGUUCAGGAUUAAUGUUAACAGGGUAUUCAGGUGGAUUGGGUUGAAAUCCCGUUAAAGCUCGUUUUAAAAAAAAAAAUCUCGUUAUAAGUCACAACUUGUUUCUGGACUGGACUUGUUUGAGGACUGAAGUGAAAUACUUGACAUACAGCUCAGGCGUGAUCCACUCGUGUACUGAAGCGCUUUUCAGAACCGUUACGUUUGUGGUUUCUGAAGGAGCUCGUCUUGAGGGAGCUGAUGCAGUUUAUUGGUCAGAAUUUGCUCCUCGGUGUCUUCAUAUGCUAACUUUUUUUUUAAGAGAGUAAGAAUGAUGGCGUUUAAACAGGUUCAGUGUGUUCUUGUUCUUGGUGUUCUUGGUCUCCCCGACCCCCCCAAAAAAAACAUUAAAAAAACUUAAAUUUUUAAGUGUAGAAACAUUUCAAAAUUUCUCAGAUGCUUGAUGUUGGCUGUUGGAGAGCUCGGCUGUUUUACUAACCAAAAUUCAGCUAUUAGUGAAAGCAUAAUACCAUCCAUCCAUCCAUCCAUUAUCUCUAGCAGCUUUAUCCUGUUCUACAGGGUCGCAGGCAAGCUGGAGCCUAUCCCAGCUGACUACGGGCGAAAGGUGGGGUUCACCCUGGACAAGUCGCCAGGUCAUCACAGGGCUAACAGAAUACCAUAAUGUACUUUUUAUAAAACUUCCGCAUAACUGAUGAUUGUUAAUGUUUGUAAAACAACUUUGUGUUUACUCUGAUUCUUUUUUAUUGCUUUUUGUUGAACCCAAUUGUUUGAAUUUUAUGAUUGAAUUCCUUAUUUUGUAAUUAAUUACAUUUGUGACUUCAUCAAUUCAGAGGUUCUUAAGUAAAAUGUCACUUCAGAGAGGAAACUGAGUAUCAGCAGGUUCGAUGUGUUCUUGCCCCCCCCCCCCCCCCCAAAAAAAAAAAAAAACUUUUUAAAAAAGUUCAAGUGUAAAAACAUUUCAGUACUUCUCAGAUGUGUUUCUAUUUGCAUUUGUCAAAUAUUUUAUUAACGUUAGUUAAAGUUCUUUUUUAAAACUUGGCUGAUGUAUUUGAUGUAUGUUAUAUUCCUUUUUAACUUGUUCAGUUUUUUUUCAUUUGUUACCUUUUUUUUAGAUUUAUCAUCAUUUCAGAGAAGUGCCUUUAAAACAUGACUUUCUGAUGAACGCCGUGUUACACAGUGAUGAUGUGAGAAAUGGUUCCGGCCGAUGGUGAUGUUUUCAGCUGAUCUGAAGUCAGUUUUAUAGGCUUUUAAGGAUAAAUUAAACAAGACAUGGACUGUCAUUUUUGUCACAAGCUCAUAAUAUAAUCACUUACCUUUUCUCAUCAUUUAUUAUGAUAUAAAAAUAAUUGCAUUCUAUUCUAUUCUACUUAUCAUGACCCAGGUAUAAAGGUGUAUAAGGUGUAAUUGAUGAUCAGUUGAGAACAACAGCGUCAUGUGAAAUAUGCAUGUGAAAUUUUUUUCUGCUUGUAGAUUAAUUUAUUGCUCGUUUCAGCUAACGGUGUGUUCAGUGUCUCUGUACAGUGUGUGAGUGUUCAAAUCUUUCUCAACCCCAUGGUGUGAUUUACCAUAUAUUGGAGGGCCGAGGAAUUAAUGGUGGGAAUCUUUAUUUAAAAAAUGUAAAGACUGUGUAAAGCUCCAUGUAAUUCUGUAUAAUUAUGAAACCCUCUUACCAGCCCAUCUGAUACCAACAGCCAUGUCACAGAUGUAGGUGCAAUCAGUUAAUUAUUGAAAUUAAGUGAUCAAGCUCAUUAAAUCAGUCUCAUUAAAUUUGAAGGUUAAUAAUUAAAAUGAAUCAAUCCCA